CAACCCCAAUAAUAGUUCUAAAUUCUUGAAUUUUCUUUAAAUCUCAACCACUCCCCACAAAUAACCCAAAAUAAAAACAAACAAUUACUCGUACGUAAUUACUAUUAUUGGCUGCAGAACCUUUAGCUAAAUUUCAAUCCUUUCUCCGACCAUUUCUUUUUGUUUUUCUUGUCUAAUUCUUGCUUGUUUGUGGGUCUCUGGAUCGUCCGCCGAUGUUGGAGAUGGAAGAGGCGUCGAGUUCCCACCGCCCCUCUCCGCCGCCGGCCGCUUCCGCGUCGGCCAUGGUCCUCUCGCCGGAGAAUGCUUUGUUUAACAAGUACGAGAUUGGAAAACUUCUGGGCUGCGGCGCGUUUGCGAAAGUGUAUCACGCUAGAAACGUCGCCACCGGCCAGAGCGUCGCUGUUAAGGUCAUUAACAAGAGCAGGCUCAACAACAACGCGAAUCUCAUGGCGAAUAUCAAGCGCGAGAUCUCUAUUAUGAGUCGCCUGAGCCACCCUCAUAUCGUCAGGCUUUUCGAAGUUCUUGCCACCAAGAGGAAGAUCUAUUUCAUUUUGGAGUUUGUCAAAGGUGGGGAAUUGUUUGCUAAAGUGGCCAAAGGCCGGUUUAGCGAAGAUCUGGGCCGGAAGUACUUCCAGCAGCUCAUUUCUGCCGUGAGUUACUGCCAUCUCCGCGGCGUCUACCACCGGGAUCUGAAGCCGGAAAAUCUUUUGCUGGACGAAAGUGGGGAUCUGAAGGUCUCCGAUUUCGGGCUCAGCGCGUUGACGGAUCAGGUCCGGGCUGACGGGCUUUUGCACACGCUUUGCGGCACUCCGGCUUACGUGGCGCCGGAGAUUCUCGCUAAGAAAGGCUAUGACGGCUCGAAGAUCGACGUGUGGUCGUGCGGCGUCGUCCUGUUCGUGCUCACAGCUGGGUAUUUGCCCUUCAACGACCCGAAUCUGAUGAAUAUGUAUAAGAAGAUCUACAAAGGCGAGUUCCGGUGUCCCAAGUGGAUGUCGCCGGAUCUGAAGCGGUUUCUGACCCGGCUCCUGGACACAAACCCGGAAACCAGAAUCACUAUUGAUGAAAUUAAGCGCGACGCCUGGUUCAGAAAGGGCUACCGAGAGAUCAUAUCUCGAGAAAACGAAGAUCUCGGCGAUAUUCUGAAGGAAGAAGAGAAAAAACUGCAGGAUCUGAACGCGUUUGACAUCAUUUCCUUCUCUCGCGGGCUGGACCUCUCCGGGCUGCUCGACGAAAAGUUCAAAGCGGUGGAGGAUGUGGACCGGCUGACGGCGGAGGAGUCGCCGGUGAGAGUUAUUGAGAAGGUGGAGGAAGUGGUGAAGGCGGAGAACGGCGGAUUGCAGCUGAGGAGGACGAAGGAAUGCGGGGUGGAACUGGAGGGCCAGAAUGGUAAUUUCGCAGUCGCAUUGGAGGUUUACCGGCUGACAGAAAGGUUGGUGGUGGUGGAGGUGAAAAGGAAAGCAGGCGACACCAAAGACUUCUCCGAGUUGUGGAAGGACAAAAUUAGGCCUGCAAUUCUGCAUCAACCUCAGCUGCAGGUUUCCAGUCUCCAGGAUUCCAGUUCUGGGGUAUCCUCGUCUUCUUACUCUGUUUCAUGUUGAUUGUUGAAAGCAAAAAUCUUUCCCCCAUGAUCAUUACAAUAUAUGUUUGUGUGUAUAAUACUAUUAAUUCCUAUCUUUAAAAUGUUAAUAAGAUACGCAUAGGUUGUAAUAAUCCUAGAAUGUAGGAAUAGGGAAAUAAGAUUACAGGCCCGGGAUUUUCAGAACAUCAGCCCGGAUUGUAUAUGUGCAUUGUGACGCAGACGACGUUGAGAGGAGUGGAUAAUCACUUCGGACAAUGGUUCACCGGUGUGGAUUUUUUACCUUUUGUUGAUUCGAAUGCAGUUGCCAUUUCGUGUUUUCGUGUACAUUUUCUUGCUCGGUUCGUUCGUAAUGUUUCUUUGUCUGCCAACCGAAUGUCUGCAUCUACCUUGUAAGACAUCUGCAUUUGGUCUUGUAGAUGGGACACUUGAUAUUGAAUACGCUAGGUAGGUCGUUAGCUGAGGGAUAUGUAGCUACCAGUCAUGCAUCCAAUUCACAGAGCACUGAAUGCAGUAUGAAUUUAACCCUACAUCCGGUUCAGGGACGGAUAUGUUUUGUUGUAUUGUUCUCCCAGAACUCGACGUUGG